AUGGCGCCAAAAGGCAAAGGAAAGGGUAAGGGCGCCGAGCUGGUGUUUGACGACAAGGCGCGAGCCGAGUACCUGACCGGGUUUCGCAAGCGCAAGCAGGAGCGCAAGCAAGCUGGUCGCGACUACCUUGCCAAGAAGGCCAAGGAAGAGCAGCUGGUGGCGCGCAAGGAGCUCCGCGACGCACGCAAGGAGAAGGCGGCCGAGAACGUGCGCGAGCAGAGGAAGGCGUUUGGUCUCGAGGCCGAGGGCGAGUCGGAUCUCGACGGCGCAGCUGGUUCGGACGACGGAGAGCUCGAAGACGAUGCUGCGCCCCAGAUCCAGGAGGAGGAGUACGACUCGGACGAGCAUCACACGCACGUCGUAGUCGAAGCCUUCGACCCCGAGCAGGAGGCGUUCGACAAGGCCGUCGCGAGCACUUCCACUGCGUCGCCAGCGAGGAAACCCAAGGUCAAUGGUGCGUCGUCUACCGCUGCAUCGCCCGGUGUCGAGACUCUCCCACCUUCCUCCCGCCGCGUCAACAAAGCUAAGGCCAAUGCGAGUCUCUCUCCCCCUCCACCGCCUCCUUGUCUCGGCGAGCUCCUCUUUCAGUGUCCUUCGACGAGCACCGAGCUGACAUCUUCUCAUUCUGCAUCUGCUCUCACAGGCCAAGGCGAAGAAGCGCAUCAUCCACACCAAGAAGAAGAUGUCGCGCAGAAAAGACUCCACAUCUCGGGGCUCACGUCCGCCUUCUCGAAAGAGGACCUGAUGCGGCGCUUCUCGACCUUUGGGAACGUCGUUGCGCUCGAUGGGCUCGGCAAGCGGGAUGCGCUCGGGCAAUUCCGCCCGUAUGCGUAUCUCACCCUGCAAGCGCCGCCGCAGCAGAUCAAGCGGUGCAUGAACCUGCUUUCGGGAUCAGUGUGGAAGGGCGCGACGCUGCGCAUCGGCGAGGCCAAGCCGGACUACCAGCAGCGGGUCGAGCUCGAGAAGGAAAAGCGUAGACAGGAAGAAGAGGAGCGGGCGAGCCGGAAGAAGCCGAAGCGCCUGCCGCCAGGCAUGGGUGUCGAGAGCAGCAACAUGGAGCCUGUAGACGAGGCUGCGGUUGAGAAUGGGCUGGCGUGGGGCUGGAAGCGUACGCCCGCAGGACAUCUGGUUCGUCCACUGCGUAUGCGACCUGCCCAUCCACUGCCUAAGCCGUCGCGCGCAUCAACUCUGGCAAGCGUCAAUGCGACGCAGGAAGAGGAGGAUGAAGCGCCAUCCAGCAGCAGACCGCCACGUGUCAACCCCAGAGUUCCAUCAAAGGCACAUCGAAUCACGAUCGAUCCGACGAGAUACGGUGCGGUCCAUCUGUCCGGUCCGCUGCUCGAGUCGCUCGCUGCCGAGACGGGCGCAUCCACCGAUGCUUUCGACGUGACCUCGCUCGGACCAGGCGAGUGGCAUUGCGAAGAGAUCGAGGACGACGAAGUCGAGUCCGCGUCGACAAAAGAUCACCGCCUGGUGCGAUGGCAAUACACAGCAAAGGACGGCAAGAUCCUGCACGAAGAGUUCACCAAGAUCCCCAUCCGUGUCGUCGCCGCAUCGUCCGCAACUGCAAGCAACGAGGAGGACGUCAUGGCGCAGCUCGAUUUCGAUCAAUACUCGGACGCUGGCAGUGACGACCUCUUUUCUGGAUUCACGUCGUCGAUCGCCCCAGCAAAGCCCCAGAUCGAGUCGAAAGCGCCGAAGAACGCUCCCAGAGACGCAGUGGUGGACUCGGCCGACAUCGACGACCUCUUUGCCGAUCUGCCGGCGUCAUCUGUGCAAGCGACGAGCAUCGACGAUUUGUUCUCGGAUCUGCCGUUCGCACCGACGCCCGCGAAGCAACUCAAGCGAGCCAAGGUGGACAAGGUGGUUUCGACGCCAACGCCGUCCAAGGUCAAAGGGUCAUUCGUCCCCGGUCUGGACCCGGAAGAGGCCGAGUUCUCGGACGGCUACGAUGAAGUCGUCGCAGCAGGGGCAGCGCAGAGCAAGCAGGUGGUCAACGCCGCGGAAGAGCGACAAAAGACGCUUGCUUUGCUCGGCCAGAUGUUUGGGUCUGGAUCGGACGACGAGGUGUCUCAAGUCGAUGUUGCGGAUCUUCGAGAUGAGGAUGUUGAGGAAGAGGAGAGUGACUCGGUGUCAAGCGAGGAGGCUGAUUCGGAGUCGGAGAGCGAUGCAGGCGUUGUCGAGGCGGACGCUGUCGAAGAAUCUUCGUCGAGCUCCAGCUCGAGCUCGAGCGAGGACAGCGAGGACAGCGAGUCUGACGAGGCCGAGUCGCCCAUCGCAGAAUCCGCUCCAGAAGCUCAGCGCGUGGGCAUCGUCGAUUCGCAGCCAGACGAGCAGCCGGAUGAGCAGAUGGAGGUCGCCUCCGCUCCUGCCUCCGAAGCCUCCGCUCCUGCGAUCGACGCAAAGUCUCGCCGCGCCGCCUUCCUCUCGUCCCUUUCCGCGCCCUCCUCUGCAUCUGCAACAGGGAGCUUCGUUCCCAUUGCGCGGUUCGAUCCGGGUACACGCACUGCACCUGCCAUUGACGAAACCCCUACUAUCCCGCCAGCCGAGGAAGCGCCAUCAGCACCGACACCCGUCCUCCCUGCAGCAGCACCCGAAGGCACACGCGUAUCCAUGUCGACCCUGAAACAGAUGUUCCGACCGCAAGAGCCCACUGUCGACACCGGGUUCAGCUUUGGGCUUGGUGCCGACGACAACGGCGAUGCCGGUGCAGGCUUUUCACUGAUGGACUCGUUGGGGUUGGAGUUCGAGCUGGAGGACGAACCCGAGGUUGAAGAACCGCUGCCGAGAGGUACUUCGGGGUGGGGAGCGCAUCGGAUCCAGCAACCACCCACGUCAGUGUCGAUGCAGGAGCAGGAGGUGCGGCCUAAGAAACACGCCCAUUUCUUCCCCUCUUCGUCGACUGACGCGUGGAACGGCGCGGACAGCCAAGGUUCGGUGCAACGCUGGUUGAAGCCUAGAUCGGAAGAGGAGAGGGAGAGAGACUGGGCCAGGUACAAGGAGACUCUGACGGCAGUGGUCAAGAAACGACACAGAGAGGCGGCGAGGAAGCACAAGCGCGGGUUCAGGAGUCAGCCCCGCCAAGAGCAGGGGAAGGUCGACGGUCGCGUUUGA